AUGGUAAGUUUCGCCGCCUCACGUUGCCAGAAAAUCUCGCUGACGCGCGACGCGCAGGCCGACAAGCUCCGCACCCAGCAGCAGCUCGAGCAGCUGCAGGCCCGCUACGUCGGUACCGGCCACGCCGAUACCAGCCCGUUCGAGUUCAAGACGAACUACAUGCGCGACUACCGCGCUUCGGUCAUCGGACACCCUGAGCUGCUCCAGCACACCGCCAUCGGCAUGGGUGUGUCGCGCGAGAGGGUUCGCCUCGCUCAGAUCGAGGCCAUGAUCGUCGCCGCCGGCCACGCCCCUCCGGGCACUGCCAAAAAGACGAAGACCAACGCCGAAGCUGAGGAAGAGAAGAAGGUCCAGCAGGCUGCCUCCAAGUGGGCCGAGGACUUCGGCCAGAAGGACAAGUUCAAGAAGAUGAGCUUCUUCAAGGAUGGCCUCGACAAGAAGGCCCCCGAGGAGGAGUCUUCCAAGGAUGGUGCUUCGGAUGUUGCUCCCAAGGACAACGUCAAGGAGUGUGAGGAUGACAAGGACCAGAAGUGA